GGGUCCCCAUCUGUCACCCCUGUCCACACUCCUGUCUGCUGCCCGACACCAGUCAUCAUGCCUCUGGUUCAGAUGAGUGAGCUCUCCCAGAGUGAGGAAGACCUUCAGGACCCAAGAGACGCCCAGGGCCUGGUGGAUGCGCAGCUGUUGGAGGCUAUGGAGGAGGGGGCCGCAUCCCCCCGGUCCUCCUCCUCCUCAGUCUCCUCUUCCUACUCUGCCUGUGCCGAGUCCCUGCUCCAAGAUGCACGGCAUUUGAUGAUGACUGACCUGGUGGGCUUCCUGCUCCUCAAGUAUCGCAGGAAGCAGCUGACCACCAGGGCAGAAAUGCUGAGUAUCUUCCUCAGAGAAUACCAGCACCACUUCCCUGUGGUCUUCAGCCAGGCCUCUGAGUGCAUGCAGCUGGUCUUUGGGGUGGAUGUGAAGGAGGUGGAUCCCGGGGGCCACUGGUAUGUCCUGGUCCCCACCCUGGGCCUCACCUGUGAUGGGAUGCUGGGCGAUGGGCAGAGCAUGCCCAAGAACGGCCUCCUGGUGAUGCUCCUUUGCAUGAUCCACCUGGAGGGAGAGCGCCUCCCUGAGGAGGAGGUGUGGGGAGCACUGAGCAAGAUGGGGCUGUGUGCUGGGAGGGAGCACUACAUCUAUGGGGAGCCCAGGGAGCUCAUCACCAAAGUGUGGGUGAGGGUGGGGUACCUGGAGUACCAGCAGGUGGCCAACAGCGAUCCCGCUCGCUACGAGUUCCUGUGGGGCCCCCGGGCCCACGCGGAGAUCAGCAAGUUGCAAGUCCGGGAGUAUCUGCUCAGGGUCAAUCGAAGGGGUCCCAGUUCCUUCCUGGUCCAGGUCCCAUCCCUGUCAGAAGAGGCUGCUAGUGAUGAGGAAGAGGGGGCCUGAGCCAGGCUUGCGGCUGGGCUCCUUCCAGGCCCCUG